UUCCCGCUAGCCCUAGCUUUCAGCAAUCUUGGCUCCACCUGCAAAGUGAGUCAUCGCAAAGGGGAGAGGAAGAAACAUGGCCGGCCAAGAUAAUGUCAAGCAUCUCGAAGACUGCUCCGUUGCCAAUGCACUAGGCACUUGGGUGUUCUCAGUAGCAGGAGCAUUGCUGGCAAUACCAGUGGGAAUAAAGCGCAAGUCUCUGGCACCGCUUGUAUUCUUUGGAACGACUGGCACUAUGCUGGAUAUCAUUAUGGGAGUUAGUCAAUGCGAAAGGGAACAUGCAGAGCGCCAAAUGAAGCUACUUGAAGAAGCUCAAGCCGCUGCAAAUGACACGCCAACUGAAUCCCAUUCGUGAUACCCCCUGUAUUUACUAUUGUCACCUUAUGCUGGCAGAUGGCUGUAACAAACAAACAAGUACAUUUUUUGUGCUGGUGAAUAAGAAAGAAAGGAUUUCUUUGUUAGUUGA